AUGUGCUAUCUCGUUUACACAUAUGUUGGGAUGUCAGCCCUUGAAACAUGGCGUGAUGCCAAAGGGGUGAUUUCAACCGAACCCAAAAUUAUAGCAAAACCAUAUACCACAUUCGGAUGAUGAUGACAGCUGUUUGUUUUGUUCGCAUUUGCUUGCAUCUGCCCGAUCUUCUUUUUUUUGCGCAUAUUGCACACAGUUGUUCAGUCGCUCAAUGUUGAAUGUGUAUUUUUUUGCGCAUUCGUUUUUUAUCGAAUUCUCUCCGAUAGAAUUUUAUUAUUAGGCGCUAAACUGUGUUUGCAAAUAGAGAAUAACGCAAACCCCAUCGAUCGGUGUGUGACCUUUAACGGACUUAAGUCUGUUACUUUUUUCAACAGAACAAAACAAGAAACGAAUGACCGACAAGCGCAUCCUUUGUGUGGGACUUUGCAACCUGGACAUCAUCCAGGUGUGCGACAGCUUCCCCGAAGAGGACUCAGACCAGCGGUCCACCAUGAGCCGCUGGCAGCGAGGUGGCAAUGCUUCCAAUAAUUGCACGGUGCUGGCGCUGCUCGGUGCCAGUGUAGAGCUACUAGCUACCUUCAGCGAUUCGGAACAUUUCGCGUACGCACUGCAAGAUCUCGAGCGUCGUGGUGUCAAAACGGAGGCAUGUGUUUUUCACAGCGGCUGCGAAAUUCCGCUGUCAACGGUUUGGCUUAGCACCACCACCGGAAGCCGAACCAUCGUUCACUCGAAUCCCAAUUUACCGGAGCUUACGGAAGCGGACUUCCGUAGGUGCAAUCUGUUGCAGUACAGUUGGAUUCAUUUUGAGGGUAGACGAAGCGCUAGUGAGAUUGCAAAAAUGAUACAGCUUAUCAGGGACUGGAACGAUUCGAAGACUGUCACCGAGAAAAUUAUUAUUUCCGUGGAUUUGGAGAAACCACGGAGCUCCAAUCUGCUGCUGAUUCCCAACGUAGAUGUUAUUUUCCUUGGGAAGGACUUUGCCCGCUUUUUGGGUUUUAACUCGGCGCAGAUUGCGGUGCGUGAAUUUAAAAAACGGUUCCCUGGAAGUUACAUCUUAAUCUGCCCAUGGGGCAGUAGUGGAGUUUCUGCUGUGGAUCAGCACGACGAAUACCUAAGCUGUGGUGUUUACCCACCUGUAGUGAUCCAGGACAGCCUAGGAGCAGGUGAUACCUUCUGUGCAGGAUGCAUUUUCCAGCUUAACACAGGAGCUUCUCUGCAACAGGCUAUUGAGUACGGCUCACGUUUGGCAGGGCUUAAAAUCGGCGACUUUGGCUUUGACCAUCUACAAUCAAAAAUAGACCAACUACUGGUCAGUUAGGCUUUCUCUCUUGUAAACCUCAAAACAACUCGCUAGGUUUUCGGUGAAACAAACUGCUACGGGGGAAUGACGCUUUAUUCUCUUCAAGUUUGCAUUUACUUUCUCAAAGCAAAUUAAAAGGAACAUGUCUUACGUGAUACCUGAUGCGCUUAAUUAACUAACUGUCCUACGAUAGUAAAGAGAAAAUCAACCUGAACAAAACGGUUUUUAUUCCGUUGCGGAACAAGGACAACAAACUAUCCUUGUCUUUUUUUUCACUGAUUUCAGUUGUGCUACAUUUAUCCCUGCAAUGUGCGCGCCAAAACUAACGGCCGGCAUUUAAUAGCUUUCUGCGCUUUAGAACAGAACUCAUGCACUGUACUCCACAAUCAUUUCGUUUGGCCUGCCGCUGGUUUUAAAUCGAUCCGAUUGUGUCCCGAAUUGUAAGCGAGAUAUUUACA